GACAAUCCUCACAACAUAACACACACGAGUCUCCUCAUUUCUCUCUCCACCGUUUCUAUCUCUCCACAAGAAACAAGAAGCACCCCCUCCAUCCCUCCUUACCCCACGAAUAACCGUUGUAUCCAAAUUUUUUUCUCCGAUCAGGUCCCUAGGGUUUUCCUCCCCCCUCUAGAGACCGGAGAGACGAUCGUCGUUCAACCAUGGCUCGCGUGAGCAACGGCUUCGUCGGCUUCAUAAACAUCCUGACCCUCCUCCUCUCCCUCGCGGCCCUCGGCGGCGCCUUCUUCCUCUACCUCAAUCAUGCCUCCACCGCCUGCCAGAAGACCCUCCAGGAGCCCCUCCUCAUCGUCGGCGCGGCCCUCUUCGUCGUCUCCCUGCUGGGGCUCUUCGGCUCGUGCUGCCGCGUGACUUCCCUCCUCUACGUCUACCUCUUCUUCAUGUUCCUCCUCAUCCUCGGCCUGAUAUGCUCCACCGUGUUCACCAUCCUCGUGACCAACAAGGGCGUGGGGAAUGCGGUCUCCGGCCGGGGGUUCAAGGAGUACCGCCUCGGGGACUACUCGAAUUGGCUGCAGACCUACGCCGUGAACGACCAGAAUUGGCCGAGCAUCAAGAGCUGUCUGGUUGAGACGAAGAUGUGCUCGAGUGAGAGCCUCGGCGUGACGAAUUCUCAGGAGGCCGCGGCGGAUUUUUACAAGAGAAGUUUGUCUCCUACACAGUCGGGUUGUUGCAAGCCACCCACGUAUUGCGGAUUCGAUUACAAGAACGCAACCUUGUGGACGGCCCCGAAGACAGGCCCGGCAGUCCCCGACACGGACUGCACGACAUGGAGCAACAACCAGGAGGCGCUAUGCUACGACUGCAAGUCGUGCAAGGCCGGGAUCCUCGCCAACCUCAAGAAGGAGUGGCGGCUACUGGCAGUGAUCAACACGUGCAUCCUCGUGUUCGUCAUCCUCGUCUACUCCGUCGGCUGCUGCGCUCUUCGGAACAACACCUCCAGCAACUACUCGAGAUACAAGGGGGGAUACGCUUGAACAAGUCGGUUGAUGUGCUUUAUUGAUUGAUUGAUCAUUGGUCUCGUGCAUGCAACAUUGGUGGUUCUUAUUGGUUUUUGCAUAUAUUGAUGGCCUUUGUGUGUAAUAUAGCUGAUAUUUUUAUUUGCGAUCUCUCAAGCCAAAGCCAUGCAUGCAUAUGUUUUUUUAGAUUCAUACAUUUUUAUAGUAUUAUUUAGGAUAUACAUAUACUCUCUAUGACAUUGACAUGCAUUAUUAAUUAAUUGAUUCUUUUAAUA